CCUUCCUUGCUUACUACUCACUCCCAUAUACCCCUACGAUUUCCCUCUGAGAGUCAGUAGUGCUCCAAUGUCUUCCUAUCAUCUCCUUGUUCUCGUCCACGGAAUGUGGGGCAAUCCUUCUCACAUGGCCGAGCUGAAGCGUAUCAUGCUGGAAACACAUGUUCAACCCAGUUCCGAAGCCAUUGAAAUGCGCCUUCUGGUGGCAGAAACCAACAAAGAAGCAUCUACAUACGAUGGGAUAGAUUGGGGAGGUGAAAGGGUAGCGCAAGAGGUUUUGGACCAAGUAGACAAGUUGCAACAGGAUGGCGGUAAGGUCGUCAGAUUUUCUAUCACAGGCUAUAGUCUUGGAGGACUCGUUUCUCGCUAUGUCGUUGGCAUCCUUCAUCAACGAGGUUUCUUCCAAGACGUCACGCCUUUCAACUUCAACACAAUUGCAACACCUCAUGUUGGCCUUCCUACAUAUCCAUCCUUCUUGUCGAUUUUAUUCUCUACACUUGGUCCCAGGCUUCUUUCGCGAACGGGAGAGCAAUUUUAUUGUGUGGACAAAUGGUCGACUACAGGUCGUCCUCUCCUGGACAUCAUGGCCGAUCCAGAUCAAAUCUUUUAUAAAAGUCUCGCUGCCUUCAAAACGCUUAGAAUCUAUGCAAACUCAGUAAAUGAUCGUACUGUACCGUAUGUGACCGCCGCCAUAGAACUAGAGGACAACUUUUUAGACCAUGCAACCAACGGAAUUGAAAUUGAGCUGCUUGAAGGAUACAAUCCCAUAAUCAAAUCAUAUGCUCUUCCCGCAGUAUCCCCUAUCCCUUCGUCCAAACCGGCUAUACUUUCUAAACAAUGGCUCAAAGACAAGAAACAGCGGAUAUAUCUACCGCCUUUUCUCCAGUUUCGCUUCCCUUUUAACUUGGUAUUCUACGUAUUUCUUCCUAUCCUAAUCCCUAUUGGCGUAUCUCUGGUCAUUAUUCGUCUUUCUCUUGCGUCGCGAUCCUCCCGAGCCCGAAUCAGACUCCUAGAAAAGGAGAACGAGUCCAACAGCGAACGCCUUAUUCAUCUAUUGUCCGACCUUGAGCGACAAGUAGAAGAUGCUGUCGCCGACGUCAUCGACGAUCCUGGCACCACAUCCUCAUCCAAGAACAUCCUUCCGGAGAAAGGCAAACGUAAGACGAGUACCAGCUCGGAGCCCAAGGCCAUGUUGAGUCCGCUUCAACAAGAGCUCGUGCACUCGUUGAAUACCCUGCCGAUAAAGAAAGAGCUUGUAUAUCUUGAUAUUGGGCACAACUCGCAUGCUACCAUUAUUUCACGGGAUAUCAAGCGUUUUGAGAUACAUCGUCUUGGGCAAGGUGUCAUCAAGCACUGGGCGGAUUCUUUCGUUCUUUAGUGUUAUCCCCCCCUUAUUUACAUUAUACACACAUAGAUGGACGUAGAUACAGGCGUACGCACAUCUAAACGAAUGCUAAUAUACCCCGUAUGUGCACCGGAC